AUGGUUCAAACAAACAUAGUGGCUGAUGAAAGUCAAACAGUUGUGACAACACCAUCCAAAAAUAAUAAAAUAUUGUAUAUUCUAUUCAUUUUAUUAAUUUUAUUUGUGUUAACUACACUUGCAAUAUCAGCCGGUACAUUAAGUGUUAUUCUUAAUCGUUUAAACAAUAACAGCAGUGGCGCUGGCAGCAACGUUAACAAGAUAUGUAAUAAUCUUGUUGACUCUAUCGAAGUUCAGCAAAUGUUCGAUCAUUUAAAACAGCUACAAGCAAUAGCCGAUGAAAAUAAUGGCACACGAGCCAGUGGUACUAAUGGUUUUAAUUUAACUGUUGAUUAUAUAACGAAGUAUUUGAAAGAUCAUACAAAUCUUAAAGUACAACAACAAUAUUUUCCUAUACGAACUUUUCAACUGGAACGUAAUCCUAUACUAAUAUCGAAUGUCAAUGGUAUACAAACUAAUUACACAUUUCCAUCAGAUUUUACAAGUGUGCCAUUUUCUGGGUCAGCCUCUUUUUCAACACCUAUACAACUUGUGGUUAUACCAAACAGUGGCUGUUUUGACAGUGACUGGGGGAAUAUUUCAACUUUAAGCAAUCGUGUUGCUCUAGUUCAAAGAAGUGAUAACUGUACAUUUGUUGAAAUAUCAGAACGUGCCACGAAAAAUUAUGCUGCCGGUUUACUCAUUUAUAAUGAUGGUAUACCACCUUAUGGAUUUGAGCCGAUAAAAGAGUAUUAUGAUCCAGUAAACACAACAUUUCCUGUUCUAUCCCUGUCAUAUUCAAUUGGUUUCCAACUAGUACAAGCAGCAAGAAAUAGUGCAAUGAACGCAACUGUGAUUAUAAGCAUUCUCGUUAAGGAUACACCACCAAGUACUGUGGCAAAUAUAUGUGCUGAUACGCCAACAGGAGAUGUAACAAAAACAAUUUUAGUAGGCAGUCAUAGUGAUAGUGUUCCAUAUGGAUCUGGAAUUAAUGAUAACGGUAGUGGUAGUGCUGCUAAUCUUGCGUUAGCUGUGAAUUUAGCUCGUUUAUUACAAACAUCUGUUUAUUUACCAUAUGCCUAUCGUGUGCGAUUCUGCUGGUGGGCUGCUGAAGAAAUGGGACUAUUAGGUUCUAAAUAUCAUGUGCAACAAGCUGCACUAGCCACAGCAGUCGAAGGCGAACGAUUACAAGAUUAUUUGGUUAACAUCAAUAUUGAUAUGCUUGGAUCACCAAAUUUUUUUUUUGGUAUUUAUGACGGGAAAGCGACUCAGGGUACAGCUGCUCACGGCAGUAUUCAGAUAUCAGAAUUAUUGCGUGAAUGGUUUUCAAAACAAGAACUACCGUGGGAUAUUAUCAAAGUCGUUGACACUGAUCAUAUUCCAUUUUUAGCUGUCGGAAUCGUAAUUGGUGGCCUUUUUAGUGGUGCAGCUGGUACGAAAACUAAUACUAAACGUGAUAAAUAUGAUCAAAUAUUGGGGCAAGGUCACGGGGGUAUUGCCGACACUAUCUACGAUCCAUGUUAUCAUGAGGAAUGCGAUACAGUACAGAAUAUUAAUCCAUUUGUGUAUGAAAAAAUGACAAAAGCGGCGGCCUAUGUCCUACAAUAUUUGGGACAAUUGUAA